CGGCGGCCGCCCGCAAUCCCCAAUUCCCCUCCUCCAAGCAAAAAUCGCAAGGGUUUAGGGUUCCGCAGCGAGCGAGCGAGCGAGCGAGAGGCAGCCAUGGACACCCCCGAGCUGCAGCAGUUCCUCGAGCAAGAGAAGCAGAAGAUGAUGGUGAGCGAGAUGGUUGGCAAGCUGACAAAUGUGUGCUGGGACAAAUGCAUCACCAGCACUCCAGGAAGCAAGUUCAGCUCCGGGGAGACUACCUGCCUAACCAACUGCGCCCAGAGGUACCUUGACAUGAGCGUGAUAAUUGCAAAGCGGUUUCAGAUGCAGUAGGAGGUCUUCAACUGCAACUGAAGAAAUUGCUUUGUCAAAGAGUAUUCAGUUUUUCUUUGAGCGUCCUAUGAAAGCUAUGAACAUGCCAACACCGGCGAGUUUUAACAGUGAAUGAUUUGAUAUAUUUGCAAAGAUUUGAUCUACUGUCAUGUGUUUGUAUCUGUGGACAUGCGAUCUUCUGUACCUUUUGUUGCGGGAAUAUUUGCGCUGUUCUUCUGUAUUUCUGUGUGGAAUUUUUUUGAGUCGGUGCUGAUUUUGAAGA